AGAAGUGAGAGGCAGAGAUUUCCCUCAGGGAGCGGCGGGAAGCGCAUCCAGUGCAGAAGAGGGUGAGAAGCCCCGGAAGUCAACAAUUUCAGAUUUUUUUGGAUAAAAACAAGAAACCAUCAGACAAGACAAAUCUGAGAAAAAGCUUUAGUGCAAUGAACAUUCCCAACUCCCAGAUGGAACUUCCCUCAGUGGCACAAAACUACGAAUGCCCAGAAUGUGGGAUAAGAUUCUGGACAAAAAGCUGCCUUAAUAACCAUCAGGAUGUUCAUAGCGGGGAGAAACCAUUCACAUGCACGGAAUGUGAGAAAAGUUUCAGGCAAAAACAAGCUCUUAAAAAACACCUGAGAACUCACACAGGGGAGAAACCAUUUGCAUGUACAGAAUGUGGGAAAAAAUUCCCUAGGAAGUAUCAUCUGGUCAUCCACCAGCACAGUCACACCGGGGUGAAACCAUUCAUGUGCACCGAGUGCGGGAAACGCUUCUCCCAGAUCAGCAACCUGCACAACCACUUCAAAAUUCACAAAGGGGAGAAACCCUUCUCUUGCUCAGAAUGCGGGAAGAGCUUUCGGCUAAAGAUCGACCUGACCCGCCAUCACACGGUUCAUACGGGGGAGAAACCAUUCACUUGUACUCAGUGCGGGAAAAGCUUCUCUACCAGCAGCAAUUUGAGUUCACACCGAAGGCUCCACAACGGGGAGAGACUUUUCACGUGUACGGACUGCGGGGAGCAGUUCAUCCGGAAGUACCGGCUGGAAGAACACGUUCUGAUUCACGCCGAAUAUAAUCCCUUUACGUGUACGGAAUGCGGGAAAAGCUUUUUCAGUAAGAGGAGCCUCCGACUCCACCACGCAACUCACACGGCGCUGAGACAUUUCCCCUGCGCGGAAUGCGGCAAGGUUCUGUGUUCCGAGAAGUACCUCAUCAAGCACCAGAGAACCCAUAUACGGGGACAGAAUGUACGGAACCUUAACCUGCCAAGUCCAGUGGGCAACAGCGCCAUGUAGUUUAUAUGGGGAUGGAACCUCUCACUUGCACAGAAUGGGGUUCCCCCAGUAGUAGCUUCUCCUCCCCCAGAACAUUCAUAUACGGGAAGAGAGGCCACUGUGUAUUUCUCCCAUGAUUCUCCCAUGCCAAUGUUCCCUACUGGCAGACAUAACUGCCCAGCGAAUCAUAUUCUAAGGUACAAACAUAUAUGGAUAUUGCCUACAAGCAAAUACGAGCAGUUACGGCAGGCAGGGCCGGAACUAGGGGUAGGCAGAAGAGGCAGCUGCCUAGGGUGCAAUGACUGGGGGCGUCUCCUGCCUACCCCUAGUGCUACUUUGUCAUUGCCUCCGCCGCUUGUCAUUAGCGGCGGAGGCAAUGACCGAUCUAAUCGCCGUGCCCCCUGUGCUUUGGCGCGCAUGUGCCGUUCGGGGGGGAGCGGGGAGGUGGGCGGAGUUGGCCGACUGGGUUGCCUAGGGCGCCGGGUUGGCUUGGCCCGCCCCUGACGGCAGGGGUGGGCAAAACAUUGAUCGCGGUCCACCAGUUGAUCCCCCGUGGUUUCUGGUGGACUGCGUUGAAGCUGGGAAAAGCGGCGGUUACAUUGGGUAUGCGUACGUUCGUGGGGAGGGGCCAAAAGUUGACCGCGGGGGGGAAAAAGUCUGGGCACCCCUGAGUUAUGGGGUAUGUUUAUCGAAGGGUGACGUUAGAGCUUUCCGCAGUGAAAUUCCGCCCCUAUGAGUCCCUGGGGGAGUUAGUAGGGUGUAAUGGGAGGUGCAUCAAUAUUAACAGUUUAACGACCCUUUGUGUAAAUGUCCUUUUCUGUUAUUAACGUAAAUAUGACUUUGGGGCAGAUUUAGUCGAAUAAACUUUAUCCAUUUUAUUUUUAAUUGACAGAAAGUAACACCGCUGAGCUGUUUCUCCUCUUUUCUCUCAGUUGCCAUCUUGUCUCAGAAAUGGGCAGUUUCAGAGCCAGAACUAGGGGUAUGUGCCAUGGUGGGGGUCACUAUUCCUAAAAAAAAAAUAAUAUAUGCCACUCCCACUGCUCUAAGCCUGGCCUGUCCCAGCUGGAUCGGCAGAGGUACAAUAAGGCGGUGUUCUUGCCAGAGGUGCCGGAUUUCUCCCCAGUUUCCCUUGGGGUUUCCGAGUGAAUGAUGUGAGACCAAUGAUGAUCUUCUUUACUGGUGUUUGUACCAGUAGGAAACUGCCCUAGAGGCGGGGCUAAAUUUCUCUGUAGGCACUUGGGGUUCUGAUGAAAUAGUAAAAAGAUGAAAUGAU